ACUCCCACCCUCCCCUACGUCCUAGGAAGUGGGCGUCGUGGGAGAUAAACACCCCAUUUAUACCUACAAACUCAAAAUAAAAUGGAGAAAACAGGUGAUUUAAUUCAUUAAACAGUCAACUGAACCGAACAAUGCAAGAGCAAAAUCACCACCAUCAUCAUCAUCAGUGUGCAGGUUCCUUCAUGAGGAAAGGGCCAUGGAUGGCGGAAGAGGAUGAGAUCCUCUUGGAUUAUGUAAAGAAGCAUGGACCUAGAGAUUGGAGCUCCAUUCGAUCCAAAGGCCUCUUGCCGAGGACUGGCAAGUCCUGUCGCCUUCGCUGGGUUAACAAACUCAAACCCGACUUAAAGACCGGAUGCAAGUUCUCACCUGAAGAAGAGAGAAUAGUGAUAGAACUGCAAGCAAGGUUUGGGAACAAAUGGGCAAGGAUCGCAACAUAUUUGCCAGGGAGAACCGAUAAUGAUGUGAAGAACUUUUGGAGCACGAGGCAGAAGAGACUUGCAAGGAGCCUGCAAAAACCUCUGCCUUCGAAAUCUAACAAGAACCAAGGCGAAAUUCCUAGCCUUACCGAUGAAUCUCCAACCUUUGAGGUUUCCUUACUUGAUCUGUAUUCGUUUGAAGAAGAGUCUCAGAGCAUCCAAGACAGUCAGACUUCCUAUACUGACAAUCAAGACGCUGCAACGAUGAUUCAAACACGAAGCCUACCGCCGAACCAAGAUCUAACUAGCCCACACAACUUAACUCCUCCACUCAUCGAACCAUUGGAAUGGAAACCGCCCACACAACUAGACUUCGAGCAUUUCUCAGACUCAGCGUUGGAUUUUCCCCUCUUAUUUGAUACUCCUGAACUCAUCCCAGGACACGGGAGCACGAGCUUUCAACAAAAAUUUGCUUGGCAGGACAAAGAUUCGAGUUUCAUGCAGCUCCCCGAGAGUCUGCCACCUUUUGACAAGAAUAAUAUUAAGAUUGAAAGGGAUUUGGGGACUCAAUAUAGUUUCGAUGAUUUUCCAGUAGAUAUGUUUGAUUAUGCAGAUCAGCCUGGGCCACCAACUUCACCUGCUGCAUGGUAGAACUUUUUUUAGAGAGAUUUGAUGUUUGUUAUUGUUAUAUUGUUUUGGAGAUGAACUUAAAUGAUUACCGUAUGAA